UCUGCACUUUACUCAAAGUUCCAACUUAGUUGUUAUUUAUUUAUUUUAUUUUAUUUUUUUAAGAAUGAUUAACGGAACCGCUGCGUUUGGGCAACUGGACACCAAUGUUUCUGAGCCGAUGCACUCUCAUCUCCUCAACCACAACCUCACGACCUUCCCCGCGCUCCGACUCGAGUCCAAGUCGCUGGUCACUUCAGCCACGAUGUUUGCCGUGGGAGUUCUGGGGAACCUCAUCGCCAUCGUCGUUCUGUGCGUCUCCAAGAAGGAGCAGAAGGAAACCACCUUCUAUACGCUGGUGUGCGGGAUGGCCAUCACCGACCUGCUGGGCACGUGCUUCACCAGCCCGGUGGUCAUCGCCACCUACGUGGCCAGCCGCUGGCCGGGAGGCGUGCUGCUCUGUCACUUCUUCUCCUUCUCCAUGCUGUUCUUCGGCUCGGCUGGGAUGUCCAUUCUCUGCGCAAUGGCGGUGGAGCGAUACCUGGCCAUCAACCACGCGUAUUUCUACUCCAAGCACAUUGACCGGACCAUGGCGCGCUUUGCGCUCCUGGUCAUCUACCUGGCCAACAUCGUGCUGUGCAUCAUGCCCAGCUUUGGUUUCGGCCAGCACGUCAGGCACUUCCCCGGCACUUGGUGUUUUCUGGACUGGAGGUCGGUGGAUCCGGUUGGCGCGUGCUACUCCUUCCUGUACGGCGGCGUCAUGCUGCUGCUGAUCGCGGUGACUGUCAUGUGCAACCUGGCGGUGUGCAGGUCUCUGGUGGGGAUGAACCAGAGGACGGGGAUCGUCAGGACGGAGCUGUGUGAGCACAGCGGGUUACGGCGUCGCUUCCCCCGGCUGUCUUCUGUAACCUCUGCCGCAGAGAUCCAGAUGUUCUGGCUGCUGGUCUUCAUGACCAUCGUGUUUCUGGUCUGCUCCAUUCCGUUAGUGGUGCGAAUCUUUGUGAACCAGCUCUACGACCCCUCCUACAUCUCUGCUGGGGGGAGACCUGACUACCAGGGCGACAUGCUGGCGAUCCGCUUCGCCUCCUUCAACCCCAUCCUGGACCCCUGGGUCUACAUUUUGUGCAGAAAGAACCUGUUGCUGAAAGGCUGCGGAAGGCUCAAGAGUGUGAUCACACGGGCAAAGGACGGCCGUGGGGACGAAAAGAGCUGGGUGGAGGGUCAAAACACCCCCCCAUCCAUACACAGCAACGACACCAGUUACGCGUCGUUGCGCACGGCCAGCUACAGGAACGAGCCGCUGCUCCCGCUGUCCAUCAAGAACACCUCUUUCACAGACUUUGCGCUCCGACAAGCGUGGGAGUACGACACGGCGCGGGUCAACUUCCACCCGUUCAGCGUGGAGUGCGCGGCGAUCAUCGGCAGCGAAGAGGAAGCAGAAGCAGCGACUCACCCGGGACAGGACGCGGCGGACACGGCUUCUCCAGGGCAGGGCGGCGUGGUGCACGUCCGCAGAGUGGACAUCGUUACCUGCACGUUCAGCACCCCGAGCUCCAGUCAGUCUGCCAAAUGCUUCUGAUGCCCUCAGGAUGGGCUCCAGGGCCGCCCAGAGACAUUUAAUGAGCCAGCGGCGCAACAUAUAAAGAAAGAGGCUUUAGUCAGGAAAAAGACGACACACCAUAUGAUUUAAAGCAUCCCAAUAAGUGCCUCUUGAAGGUUUUCUUGAGGUUAUUGCUCAGUUCCACUCACCCUGUCUCUGUUCCCCAGAUGGCUGUAUAUGUUUUUCUAUCUGUUUUUGUUUGCUUCCAUUUUUCUACUUCCUUCCAUCAAACAAAAUGUGUCAAACUCAUGGCCCUGGGGCCAAAUCUGGCGCGCCACAACUUUUUAUGUGGCCCUUCAGACUCUAGGAGUCCACAUAAUGGUAGGACAACAGUCGGGUGCUUAAAUAUUAUUUUAUUAAUCAAAUCAAAGCAGUUUUUAUCAGUAUCCUGCCAAAUGUGUUCAACAUUUAUUUUUAAGAGGAGAUAUUUAUUAAUAUUUCACCAGUUUGGUAAUGGGUAGUUUCAUCAAUACAUUCUACUAUAACCGGAUCUUUAAGGACAUUCAUGAUCUUGAUGUGACUCAAAAUUAAAAUCAUUUUGACACCUCUGCCCCAAAUAAUCAAACAUCAUAUAAAAUGUUAAAGCUCAAUUUUUACACAGUCUGCAACUUCCAAAAGGAAAAACAACAGUUUUAUUUAUUUAACUAUGUCUUAACUUGUACUUUAAUCCAUAAUGUCCAGAAAUGAUUUGCGCUUUGACACCACAUUAUUUUCAUCACCUCUCUGCAUUUUAUGUCAUUAAUGCUACAGUUGCACUCAUAAACAGGCAAAGCGUCAGAAUGUUUACAGUUAGUCUGUCUGUGACAGAGAAGGCAGCUGAAUUUUAUAAAUAUGUAAAAUAAAAAUACUCAUAAAUCAUUUGGGUGCUGAGCAUUUUUAGCGGUUUUAGAUACAAACAGGAAGGCUUUCUGCCGAGGUUGGCACAACACCAUGUAAGAAAAUCAGGCUCUGAACAGAUUUUCUAUUGCUUAUUUGCAUAACCAGUCCAUGAACAUGGGCGCCCUCUUGUGAUGAGCAAACAGAAAGCAUUGUAAAAAAAAGAAAAAAGA